AUGCCAGCUAUAGCAUCCCUUUCCGGGUGGGCCUUGUUCGGUACCGCCGUCAGAGCAUACCAAAUCGGUCUUAAACAAAGACCAUGGUCUUACAAGCCAAUGGGCUACGUCUACUCUGCUCUUUUCUGGGUCGGUGCUGGUUACGCCUUCUACAGUGUCAAGGAAAGUCAAGAAAAGUUGUUGGAAAAAAGAGUUGCCACUUUGUUAGAUGCCAGAGCUAAGAGAUUGAAUGAAUCCCUUGAAUAA